AUGAAGAAGUCUCAACUAAGCUCUUCUAUCUUCCUCUUGAUUAUAACUCUUUCAUUUUCUCUUUCAUGGGCUGCCUUAUCUUCCAUUCUUAAGGCUACAUCAGAUGCUGAAGAUUUCACAAGCUGCGUAUUAUCCAAUUCCAGCAAUGUCACCUCCGUCUCUGAGCUCAUUUUCACCCCUGCCAAUGCUUCUUUCUUACCCGCUUGGCAAGUGCAUGUCCAAAACACUAGGUUCCUUAAACCUUCCACUCCAAAACCAUCAGCCAUCGUGACACCUGUGAAUGAAACACUCAUCAGAAUAGUUUUAUAUUGUGCCAAGAUGUAUGACUACGAGCUCAGAAUCAGGAGCGGGGGGCAUGACUACGAGGGUCUCUCCUACACUGCUGAUGUUCCAUUUGUUAUGCUUGAUUUCACCAACAUGAGAUCUAUAGAUGUGGACGUAGCUAAUAAGACUGCAUGGGUCCAGGCAGGUGCUGCCCUUGGUGAAGUUUACUACGCUAUUUCUCAAAAAACCGACACCCUGUACUUUCCGGCAGGUGUUUGCCCUACGGUGGGUGUUGGCGGGUACAUGGGCGGUGCUGGCUAUGGAAACUUGUUGAGGAAAUACGGUACUGCUGCUGAUAAUGUUGUGGAUGUUCGGUUCAUGGAUGUCAAUGGAAAUAUUCUCGACAGGAAUUCGAUGGGAGAAGAUUUGUUUUGGGCGAUUCGAGGUGGUGGUGCUUCCAGUUUCGGAAUCGUUCUUGCAUGGAAGCUUGGGUUGGUUGAAGUUCCAGAAAGAGUAACUGUCUUUAUACUCAACAAAACUUUAGAAGACGGUGUAACCGAGAUUUUCCAUAAAUAUCAAUACGUUCUACCUCUUAUUGAUAGAAAUUUACAUAUGAGAACUCAGAUUUUUUCCGAGUAUAUCGGCAACACCACCAUGAAAACCAUCAGAGUUAUGUUCGAAGGUAUUUAUCAGGGCACAACCGACACAUUGCUUCCAUUAUUGUACGAAAAAUUUCCGGAGCUCGGUGUUACACCAGAGAUUUGUGAAGAAAUUACAAUGGUCCAAUCGACCCUUGUGUUUUGGGGAUUGCCAAGCUCUACCCCAACUGAGUUUCUCACUAACCGAUCUGCCAUAGCCAAGCUCAACAACAAAAGUAAAUCUGACUACGUCCGAAAACCGAUCCCUAUAAGUGGGCUCAACAAGAUAUGGAAAAAGCUAAUGGAAAAUGACGAAUCAGCGCUUCUGAUGAUCAAUCCUUUUGGAGGAAGGAUGUCUGAUUACUCAGAGACAGCCAUUCCAUAUCCUCAUAGAGGUGGUGUUGUGUUACAGAUGCUCAAGACUGUCAAUUUUGCAGGUCAAACUUCAGACACAACACCUGUAUCACUGAGCAGGAUAGCAUGGCUGAAUAGCUUGGAUGAGUUAUUGACGCCUUAUGUGUCAAAGAACCCAAGAGAGGCAUAUUCCAACUACAAUGAUCUUGAUUUCGGUGUUGGAAAUGCGAAUUAUCAGGAAGCAAGUCUAUGGGGUGAGAGGUACUGGAAGAGGGCAAAUUUCAAGAAGUUGAUUAGAAUCAAGGCCAAAGUUGAUCCCGAGAAUUUCUUUAGGCACCCACAAAGUAUCCCGGUUUUCUCCACAUCUCUCUCAGACAUGUGA